AAUUAAUAUUCGAUGCGGAGAUGAUACCAAUCCAAGAUGGCGGCCACCAUGAAGAAUGCGGAUGCAGACACACAGGUAACAUACCAGGACCAGCAGAAAAUCAACAAAUUUGCUCGUAAUAAUGCACGCCUACAGGACCUGAGGGAUGAACAAGACAAUAAAAAGAAAGAGUUGCAGAACCUGGAAGAUGCUGCUGAUGAGAUUCUGAUGCUGGAGGACGGUGACGAUGCCAUUCCCUACCAGAUAGGAGAGGUGUUUGUGAGUCUAAAUGCUGAGACUACAGCUGAGAUGUUAGAGAAGGGCAAGGAACGGGUCCAGGAAGAGAUGAAGGACAUUGAUGCUCAGUCUGAGGUCCACAAACAAAUCCUACAGGACUUAAAAGUGGAACUUUAUGCCAAGUUUGGCAAUAAUAUCAACCUGGAAGCAGAUGACGAUUCCUGAUCUGUGUGACAAGUUUAGAAUUCUCCUCACACCUACAUAUGGACUAUUUAAUAUUUUGUUGUCAUUUCUCUGCUACAAUGCAACAGAACAGGAAAAAAGUGGAAUAUCGUUGAGCGUCAACUGUUUGAUUUGAACUGUAUGGCAGUUAUCAAUAUGUCUGCUUUUCAUUUUCAUUAUCUGUUCCGUAUCCAUCAUAAACCUGUAAUUCACGUUGUUGAAUACCGAUCGGUUAUGACAUCUUCUUAAAUUAAAACAAUUGACAUUAAA